AUGGAGCAAGAACCAGAAGCAGGGGAGCAAGUGAAACCAGAUGAGGGUGUAGCCAAAGACGAGGCUUCUGAUGCAGAAACUGGAGCUGAAAGUACUCCUGAGGAUGUAGCAGCCCCGGAAGACACCACGGAGAAAGAUCAGGAAGCAGGAGAGCAACCGAAGCCCGAGCAAGGUGUGCCUAAUGAAGAGGUUUCUAAUGCAGAGAGUGGAGCUGAGGACGCAGCUGCCCCCGAAGGAGCCACGGAGAAAGAAGAAGGUGAACAAGCGGAACCUGACCAGGGUGUGACUACAGACAAAACUCCUGAUGCAGAGAGUGGAGCGGAGGGCACUGACGGUGUGACUGCCCCCGAAGGAGCCACUGAAAAAGAGCAGGAAGGAGAACAAGGGGAAGCCGAUCAGGGUGUAGCCAAAGACGAGGUUUCUGAUGCAGAUACUGGAGCAGCAGGUACUCCUGAGGAUGCUGGUGCCACAGAAGAGGCCACGGGGAAAGAACCAGAAGCAGGGGAACAGGUGAAUCCCGACCAGGAUGUAGCCAAAGAAGAAGUUUCUGAUAAAGAUAGUGGAGCUGAAGGCACUGUUGAGGAUGUAGCUGCCCCAGAAGAGGCCAACGAGCAAGAAUCACAAGCAGGAGAAAACGUUGACCCGAAACAACCAACUGAUGAAGCUGCUCCUGUUUCCGGGGCCGAUGAGGCAGUUGCUGCUGAAGAUGCAGCGGCGACUCAGGAUCCAAAUGAGCAUGCACAGGAGGAGCCGGUACUCCAAACGGGGGAGAGGGAAGAUCAUUAA